AUGGUGGGACUAACUCUGCGGUCUCGGGACUGGGUAUUUGGAAUCCGAGUUGAGAGGACGGUAUCUUAUAUAUAUCUGACAUACUGGAUGAAAAAAAUGAUGUUCCCUGUGUUUGCGCGACUAACGGUAGCGCUUGAGUCUGCUCGCCAACAAAAGACGGCGGAACAGGAAUUCGACAAAUCGGCUAAGCUUACACAAAAGCUUAACAUGCAUUCGAUUCCCCCGCUACAUUGUACCAAUUCAGCACGGACUAGUCCAUCGAGUUCUAAAGAGUCGGAGUCGACGAGGGUGUCCAAAGUUCUCGAAGUAGCGGCGGUGAGGGAUGUCAUAGGAUCCGAUGAGAAUGACAGGAUGAAUAAACCAGGCUUCGUUACUCUCAGCACAAAAGGACUUGAGAAUAUGGCCAAACUUCAGACACUUGCCUCCAUUCUGCCUCUUGACAUAUAUGUCUUCCAGGUGCAAGUGGUGGUGGAAACCACAACCCAGUCCUCUGCUGUGUCUACUUUAGCAUCUCCCAGACCCACUGCCGAAGAUAUUGUAAACCGGGUCGAUCGCGCAUCCUCAACUUCGCAAGCCGAGGAGCCGUUAGAGAUUGUUCACCCAUCGAGCUUAGAGGACCCUCUGAGGACAAUAGCAGCUAGAAAUUCACUUCCUUUACCCAACCCGCCCAAUCGACAACCAAUGGCUACCGCCUCGACUAUCCGUGAAACCCAUUCCGCCACAGCGAGCCCACCAUUACACACCCAAUGGAAUUGUGCCCCCGUUGUUCGUGCAGUGAACGAGUUGGAUGAUGAUGUAACCACUGUUCCAUCGUUGGGGUCAACUGAAAUUCAGGUGCCUACAAGGACUCUCGAUCAUAAUCGUAGGAACCUAUCCGGGAGCGUUGAGUAUGGAGAAGAUUCUCUAGAAUAUCCUCACACGAUGAGGUCCGACAGUGGUGGCGCCAGCAGAGGCGAUAUAGUCACUGAGACUUGGCCUAUGAAUGAGGGAUACACCCGGAAUUCUCCUACCACAGUCCUCGCUAGCAGUAUGCCAGAUGGCUCCCCUGGACCAUCGCCUGAGCCCUCGCUAGUAUCCCAUGCAAACCAACCAUACAGGCCGCUUUUCCAACCGCCUACACCCCAUCUUGGAAGAUCUAUUCAAGUAGAGCAACCAUGGUCUCCAGAACUCCAAAGACCUAUCGGAUCGGAACGUGAAGCCAAAUUUCGGGAUGAUUUUGAUAAACUCGCUGCGUUGGGGCUUUGA